AUGGGAUAUUGGAGUCAAGAAAGGUAUAACAGCUGGAAUUAUUUUGACAUUCCUUCAGCUUUUCCUUUUAAUCGUGCGGACGGUCCUGAUCUCCAGAAUAUAAUGAGAAAUUUAUAUAGUCUUAAAAUGAAAUUAAGAAGUAUUGACGAUGUAAACCAAAUUCCUCUAGGAACUCGAAAUUAUUUACAAUUGGCUUUUAAAGCCGUAUGUGCUUGCCAAUUAACCAAAAAACUUCCUAACCCAACGAUCCGCGAAAGCUUAGACGUCGCAUUAUCAGACAUUCUUGAUAAUAUAAUUCCACAACUUGAACUUGGUAACGAUGCUCCAUAUAUUCCAUUUCGUAAAACCGCUACUAAUUUAUUAAUGGAUUACCGAGAUAUAAGAAUUAUUUGCCAAGAAUUGGAAAAUGAUUUGGAAGAAUACUUUAAAGAAGAUUAUAUAUUUAAUGGAAUGUCGAGGUUGUUUUGUGUUUUAUUAAGUCAGUAUCCUAAUAGUAAAUAA